ACCUUUUCAAUGGCUUAAUUCACUGAUUUUGCACUCUAAUAUUUCGAAGAAUUUUGCCAACAAAUUAUGGAGAUGAGGAGGCUGCCCUUCGUACAUGGAGUUUUUUACAUUUUGUGUCUGUCUCCAGCCAUGACUCAAUCAAUCUCUUUGUCCAAACGUGGCUGCCAACAAAAAUGUGGGAACGUCACCAUUCCUUAUCCUUUCGGAAUUGGUUCGAGCUGCAGUGCAAAUUCAUUCUUCACAAUCGUCUGUAAUAACUCCACCAAUCCUCCAAAGCCAAUCUUGAGCAGUAUUGAUAAUCUGGAAGUGCUGCAGAUCUCCCUAGAAGGUACAAUCACUGUAAACCAGCGUGUGUCGCUGCUGAAUUGCUCUUACAAAGAUUCAACACAGCACACUCAACCAAUAUCACUUUCGGGAAGUCCUUUUUACAUCUCAUCGACGCAUAAUGAGUUGUUUAAUCUGGGCUGCGGAAAAACAGUCUGGCUGCUCACCAAUACCACCGAUAUCAUUAGCGGAUGCAUUACCCGUUGUCAAAGAAAUUCAGAAGACACGGCCACUUGCAAUACUGUCAACUGCUGCAGCAUUGAAAUUCCUGUCCGACUUCAGGAGCUUCAAUUAGAAUACCAAAUAACUCAAACCAGCAAUGGUACUUUCUGUGGGUAUGCCUUCCCUGUUGAGAAGACAUGGUUCUCUCGGGAUGAUGUUUUAUCGAAUCCAUUUCUCACAGAGUUCGGCUUUGUACCUCUAGUAAUGGAGUGGGGAUAUUAUGAUCAUACAGUUGGUGAAAUCUCUGGAGCAAUUUGCAGAGAUUCUCAAGGAUCUUACUCUGAGGGAUAUUGCGAGUGUUACAGUGGAUAUGAAGGUAACCCAUAUUUACCUUUGGGAUGCACUGAUAUCGACGAGUGUAGUGAUCCACUCAUAGACCAUUGUGGAAUGGGAACUUGUGUCAACACUAAUGGGAGUUACAGAUGCUACGGGGAUAAUCAUCGGGAUGAUAAUCGUAGUCUAGCUAACAUCAGAAUUCGAAUCACAAUCGCAUUCACUGUGAUUGGUAGUGUGUUUGGAGCAUUCAGUUUGCUCUAUGGCGUGUGGAGGUGUGCGAAAUUUGUUAGUGAGACAGUAAAGGGCAUCCAUAGAUACAUGUUCUAUAAGCGCAAUGGUGGGUUAUUAUUGGAGCAGCACUUGGCUUCAAUUGAGAAUGGGCUCGAGAAAACCAAGCUGUUCACUUCAAAGGAGCUCACACGCGCUACAGAUCAUUAUAAUGAAAAUCGGAUACUUGGGCGUGGUGGCCAAGGAACGGUCUACAAAGGAAUGCUGACUGAUGGAAAGAUUGUAGCUGUGAAGAAGUCCAAGAAGGUUGAUGAAUGUGAUCUUGGAGUGUUCAUCAAUGAGGUGGUUAUUCUGUCCCAAAUAAACCAUAGGAAUGUGGUCCGGCUGCUUGGCUGUUGCCUGGAGACUGAAGUACCUCUUCUCGUCUACGAGUUCAUCCCUAGUGGCACACUCUUUCACCAUAUCCAUGAGCCGAACGAUGACCUCCCAUUAACAUGGGAAAUGCGAAUGCGAAUUGCAUCAGAUGUGGCAGGAGCACUUGCAUAUUUGCACUCUGCUUCAUCUGCACCUAUUUAUCAUCGGGAUAUUAAGUCAACGAAUAUACUCCUGGAUGAAAAGUACCGAGCCAAGGUUUCAGAUUUCGGGACAUCAAGGUCUGUAGCUAUUGAUCAAACACACAUCACUACACGAGUGUUGGGCACAUUCGGUUACUUUGAUCCAGAGUAUUUCCAAUCAGGCCAGUUCACAGAAAAGAGCGAUGUAUACAGUUUUGGUGUGGUUGUGGUUGAGCUCUUGACUGGGGAGAAAGCAGUGACCUCUGUGAGAGCGGAAUCCGGAAAGAGUUUAGCGAUCCAUUUCUUGCAUACAAUGGAGGAGAAUAAACUAUUCGACAUCCUUGAUUCAAGAGUCCUUAAAGAGGGUAAGGUAGAAGACAUUGUGGCUAUUGCUGAACUUGCAAAUAAAUGUUUGCACUUGAAUGGCAAGAAAAGGCCAACUAUGAUCCAAGUUGCCGGUACACUAGAAGGGAUUAGUAGAGGGUUGAACAACAACCUGGUUUCCUUGCAAUAUCUCGAUCACCAUUCAAUUGACGUUUCUGAUGAGUCUUGAUUUCUCCUCCAUCUCAGUUAAAUGCAAUCUCAAAGCUUUUAUAUGUCCCCUCUAGACAUUAGUGACCCAUGUGUUUAUAUUCCGUCAACUUGAUGUGAAGUUACUUUGAUUUACACUGCACUUAUCAGUAUUCAAUAUUUAAUAUUAAGUUAUUUUAAAAUAAAGUUAAAGUAAAGUGGAUCAGUUGGAAA